UUUUUUCAAGAAAAUAAAAAAAAAUUAUUAUUUACAUUUUUAUAAUUUUUUUUUUUUUUAACAAUUAAAAAGAAACCAAUAAUUAAAAAGCAACCAACAAUUAACCCAUAGAUAAAAUCACGCAAGAAAUUCAUAAUAUGGAUACUUCAGAAACUCAUAAUAUGGAUAUUUCAGAAACUCACAAUAUGGAUGUCUCAGAAACUCAUAAUAUGGAUAUUUCAGAUGUUCAACCAUUACAACAAUUCGUUCAUAAUGAUGAUGAAUAUCAAGUUGAUAUACCACAUUUUACAAAUCCUGUAACAAAAUCAUUCAUAAGCGAAUCUUGGUUAAUAGAGAAAGAUUUGGAUGUAAUACUUUCAAAUAUUUCAAAUAUUCAAUCUACUCAAACUCAAAUUGCUAUUGCUACUUCAAAAAGACAAGAAAAUUCUUUGAUUUCAACUCGUGAUUCGAUAAUGGAUUCCACGAGAAAUUUAUUAAAUGAUACAAAAAAUAGAAUAAAAACACUCGAAUUACAAGAUUUAAGAAUAAGUAGAAAUUCUAUUACUUGGGAAGAUUUUGAAUUAAGAAAACAACGUGUAACUCAUCUUAAAGAAAAAUUCGUCACUUGUUUACAAACUUAUAGAAAGAUUGAAAAUAUUUAUAUGAAACAACAAAAAGAACGUUUGAGUAGACAAUAUAAAAUUGUUUAUCCUGAUGCAAAAGAUGAAGAGAUCGAUGAAUAUUUAAAAAAUCCUACUGAUCAACCCGUAUUUCUUAGUAGUCGAAGAAGUAUUAUUGAUUCAAAAAAUGUUUUAGAAGAAGUGAAUAAACGUCAUCAUGAUAUUAAAAAGAUUGAACAAACUAUUUCUGAACUUGUCGCUUUAUUUGAAGAAAUUCAAUUGCAAGUUGAAUUACAAGAUGAAAUUAUCAUUUCAAUAACGGAUGAAGUAAAAACUGUUGAAGUUACCACUAGAGAAGCCAAAGUUGAAUUAGAGAAAGUUGAAGUAGUAAAUAAAAGUUCAAGAAAGUUAAAAUGGUUAUGUGCUCUAUUUACUUUAAUUCUUUUUGGUAUUAUAAUAUUAAUAGUAAUCCUUAUUACAAAUAAUAAGAUGAAUCAUUAAUUCAUCAUCAUAAUUAAUUUUUCUGGACGUGUAUAUUUUUUGUAUUGUAUGAACUUUUUUUUUUGAUAUGUAAUAUAAUAAAUCAUGUGUUAUUUUCACAUGUUUUUUUUUCUUUUUUGUUGAUAUAUAAAUAGAAGGUAUAUUUUUAGAUAUUUUUUUAAUUUAACCUAAUAUGGGAAAUAGGCUGAAGCGGAUAUAUGCAUCCGAGUGAUCCGAUUUGUGGGGUAAAAAAAAUUGGUAGUAAUAUAUUAAUGUAGUAUAGUAUCUUAUGUCAAG